GCAUCGCCGUAUCACUGCGCCCCGGUCUCCCUUCUCCGGGAUCCUGAAGCUCGGAUCGGGGGAGAAGAGGAGGAGGAGGAGAUACCCUAUGGUUUCCCGUUUGCGGCAUUUAUUCCGCCAGCUCCGGACCUUGUCGCGCUUCAUCUUUUUCUUUUAUUUUCUUUGAGUGACCGAAGGCCUUCAACUUGUCCGGACGCUCCCGCUCCACUCGCAAGGGGGUGUAGCAGAGCCUUUGAGGAGCACAUGCGUGCUGCAGAAUCCAGAUGAGCCACAUUGCAUGACAGCUUGUGUCCAAGGAGACAAUGUAAAGUUGAAGAUGGUGGGUUGGCUGUGACAGAUCGGUUUUGGUUUGUGCGCUGAUGCGGAGACGCCGCGAUUCCUCCUGUGUUUGAAAUGCCCAGCAGCGUUUUGAAGGAGGGUGAGUUUGCCGACCUUGGGUGAGAGAAGUCAGCUCCCGGAGAAGAAAGAUGUGGCGUCACCUGGCCGACUCACCGUGGUGGGACGUGUUCACUGAGCAGACAUUUGCUUUAACUUGAAAAGCCCUUCCUCUGGCGGAAUUGACAGCUCGGCGAUAACGUGUUUAAUAGAUCGUUUUACACCUCUGCCGUGGGAUUUGAUGGACUGCCUUUGGGGAUUUUUUGGGUGAAACCUGACUUGGCUCAGUGACUCCAUGCGGUUUCGCGUUUCCCGUAAAAGGCUUCACCUGUUGGAUGUUACGUGAUUACCCUGGAUCUAACGCCUUGGUAGCACUCGCUUGGAUAUUGCACGGGUCCUCCUCGCUCCUGACGAGUUUGAGUCCCUGCGAGAGGGGGGGUUUAUCUGGAUGUUUCCCAUGAAGGACAUGGAUGGCCCUCGAUCUAGUGGCCUGCGGAAGAAGAGGAAGUCGAGGUCGGAGAGGGAUCGGGAGAGGAGGCCGAACGGGUUGAGGGGCAACCACGUUAAGGGCCCCGUGUUUCGCUUCUCCUCUGACUCGGAGCGGGAGGGCGACAGGGGACCCUCCUCGUCCCGGCCCCGGCCCCCGCGGAGGAAGCGAAAGGAGUCUACUUCUGCCGAGGAGGACAUCAUUGAUGGCUUCUCCAUCACAGGCUUCGUGUCCCUGGAGGCUCUGGAGAAGAACAUGACGCUGAAGCCUCAGGAAAGCAGAGACAACCAGGCGGGGCCCCUGUACAAGAAGAAGCCCACCAGAGUCCCCAACGGCCUGAGCCUGGAGCCCUGCAGGAACAGUUACCACCACCACCAGCCGUCGGACCAGGAGAACAACCCCCGCCUGGCGCACGCGCACGGCAAGAAGAAGAAGAAGCACCCGAACAAGAGGCACGCCACGCUGAAACCAGGGCAGAACAACUGUAAGGACAGUGACAGCGAGAGUGUCAGCGGAGAGUCCAAGCCUUCCAUCAGGAGCAGCUCCAGAGACAGACUGACAGACUGUGACACGGAGAGUGACCAAGACGACAAGGUUUCCGAUGCCAACUCAGAGAAAUUUUUCAGCACAGUUGCAGUUAAAGCAGUACCAGAUUUUGGCAUCGAUGUGCUCCCCACCAAUGGCAGCCAGGAGCCUCACGGCCAGGCCCUCCUCCAGGUGUCAGGCCUAGAGCGCAGUCAGGAGAGGAGCCAGGAGAGCUGCAGAGACCCCCACCCCCCGGCAUCCAGCUCCCCCAAUCCACCUUUGCCCGCCCAAAGCCUCCCUCUGCCUCCGCCGCCGCCGGAGCCGCCCACCCCACAGGCCCCGCCCCCGCGUCGGACCCAAGCCAGCGGCCCCAGCCCCACCCAGGCUCCGGCCUCGACCCUGCCGCCCCAACAUCCGGAGGCUCUGCCCAGGCCUCAGACGCCCGCAGCCCUGCCUCUUGCCCAGGGCCAAGAGCCCUCGCCGCCCCCCCCUCCCCGGCCCCAGCACCAACCAGAGCUGGUGACCAAGCCCAGGCCCGCGCCCACACCCGGCCUUCACGCGCACCCACCGUCUCCCGCCCUCCCGACCCACCACCCUUAUCAGCAGCACGCCAGCCAGGCAGGGCCCAACCGGCCCCCGUCGCGCUGCCACCCGCGUCCGCUUUCUGCCUACAACGGCCUGAACCUCAACGGUCACAGCAGCAGCAGGAGCAGCACCCCGGGCGCCAAGCCCCACGGGCCCCCAGCUCCCUCCCUGCACCUCCCCCACCACCCGCCUCCUCCUCCUCCAGCGGCCGCAGCAGCCUCCACCUUCCCACUGCCCUUGGCCGCCAACCAGAACACCCCCCACGGCUUCCCCUCUGCCUUGCAGUCCUCGCCGCACCCCCAUCACCCCAAUAUGUUCGCUCCUCCAGCGGCCUUGCCUCCACCACCACCAUUGACGUCUAGCACCCUGCCAGUACCCGGACAUCCUGCUGCUGGGAGUGCCUACUCAGAGCAAGACCUUCUGCGCCAGGAGCUCAACACCCGUUUCCUGGCCUCCCAGAGCGCCGACCGUGGCGCCUCGCUGGGCCCCCCGCCCUACCUGCGCACCGAGUUCCACCAGCACCAGCACCAGCACCAGCAUCAGCACCAACACACCCACCAGCACACGCACCAGCACACCUUCACGCCCUUUCCCCACGCCAUCAUGCCCACCCCAGCACCGCCCAUGGUGCGUACCCCUGCCAGAAAUUUUGACAAAUACCCAACAAAAGUUGACCCCUUCUACAGACACAGUCUCUUCCACUCCUACCCUCCAGCCAUGUCUGGCCUCCCUCCUGUCAUCCCCCCGACAGGACCCUUCAGCUCGCUGCAGGGCGCCUUUCAGCCCAAGACCUCUAAUCCACUGGAUGUGUCCACGAGACCCGGAGCCGUCCCACACACAUUCUUACAGAAGGACCCCAGGCUAACGGAUCCAUUUCGGCCCAUUCUCAGGAAACCAGGGAAGUGGUGCGCCAUGCACGUCCACAUCGCCUGGCAGAUAUACCACCACCAACAGAAAGUAAAGCAGCAGAUGCAGGUCGACCCUCACAAGCUAGACUUCGGCCUCAAGCCAGAGUUCCUGAGUCGACCCCCGGGCCCCAGCCUCUUUGGUGCCAUCCAUCACCCCAGCGACUUAGCUCGGCCCGCCACGCUCUUCUCCGCUGCAGGUCCUACGCACCCAUCAGCAGCUCCCUUCGGUCAUCCACCGCACCAUCCUGGAAACUUCCUCACCCCAGCAUCUCACUUAGAACCGUUCAGUAGGCCUCCUUCAUUUGGAGGGCUGGGAGCCCUCAGUUCAUCGGCCUUCGGAGGACUGGGAAAUCCAGCACUAAAAUCCCUAACAGCGGCCAACUCGGUGUUCGGCCAUAAAGAUGGCCCCAACGCACAGCAGCACUUCAACAGCAGCGGUAACAGCGGCCACCAGGAGCCGUGGAACCGCCUGCACCGCACACCGCCCUCUUUCCCCACGCCGCCGCCCUGGCUGAAACCCGGAGACUCUGAGAGGAGCACCUCGGUCAGCUCGCACGAGAGGGACAGAGACUCUGACAAACGGGACGCGUUGGUCAGUAAAGACGACAAGGAGAGGGAUUCUGUAGAAAAGCGCCAUCAGAGCCAUCCGUCCCCUGUCCCUGUCAACCCCAUCAACCUCCUGGGUCACAACCGGCCGCCCGAGCACCACAGGAACCACCUGCCUCCUGCUUCUGGAGACACUCAGAGGGACAAGGAGAACAAGGCCAAAGACCGGGAGAGGGAGCACUCCGACUCCUGGAAGGACAACGGCACGGACGACCACAAGCUCAAAGACAACCAGCACAGUGACAAGGACACGCCCGUCAUCCACGACGGCCGAGUGUCGGAGGACAAGGUGCCCAGCAGGGGAACCACGUCCCCCUACGUCCGGCAGACGAGCCUGGAGCGUCCGAACGGAGGCUUGGGCAGAGAGGUCCUGGAGAAGAAGGUGGAGCUGCCGUACGAGCACCAGAAGAAGAACAGCGAGGUGAAGGUGAAGGAGGAGAGGAAGGAGGAGCAGGAUGGAGCCCCGGAAAGGGCGAGCGAGCACCCGCCGCAGGCGUCCUCCACGCCGAACCUGCACCCUCCGUCCUCAAUGCCCGUGCCCAUGGGCAUGGCCGGCGUCCACCCCAUCAACAGCAUCAGCAGCCUGGAGAGAACUCGAGUUGUGGCCCCCUUUAUGGGAAUUAGCCCCAUUCCAGGAGCUGACAGGUUCCCCUACCCCGCUUUCCACUGGGACCCAAUGAGGGACCCCUACAGGGGCCUGGACAUUCACAGGCGAGACCCUUUGGCCAGGGACCUGCUGCUAAGGAACGAUCCCCUGCACCGGCUGGCAGCGCCGCGUCUGUACGAGGCCGAGCGGUCCUACAGGGACCGCGAGCCUCACGACUUUAACCGAGACCACCCCCACCCUCUGGCCCUGGAGCAGAGGAGGGAACACGAGCGCGCUCAGCUGGAGGAGCGCGACCGCCUCAACAUGCUCAGAGAGGACUACGAGCACGGCCGCCUCCACCCCGCCAUGCACCACCCGGCCCUCGACGGGCACCUCCCUCACCCCGCCCAAGGCCUCAUGGCCCCCGGCCUCCCCGGCAUGCACUACUCCAGGGUCAGCCCCUCGGCCGCAGCGGCCGCCGCGGCAGCCGCCGCCGCCGCCGCUCAUCAGAACGGCAUCCUGAACAAAACGCCACCCACUGCAUCUUUGAGCGCCCCGCCCCCACUCAUCCCCACACUGGGCGCACGGCCCGGCUCACCCAGACGGACUACCCCUCUGGCCACAGACAUCAGAGACAGACCGGCUCACAAAGAUAUCGAGGCGCGGUGAGCCGAGGCUCGGGCCCCCCGUACCUCGCCGACACUGAACUCACACCGAGCACUUAGCUUUGGGCAAAGCAAGACUGUAAGAUAGCUGUGAAUAAUUUAUGUGGGCGGAGACAUGCCCGCACAAUGAAUUGUUUUUGUAUAAAAAAAAAAUACAAAGAUACAAGAAUCGUGGAACAACAACAAAAAAAAAAAUACUUUUUCAAAGAUUUUUCCCCAGUUUGCUCCAGCUUUUGUGUGCUUUCUUUCUCUUGUAUAGCAAAGUGACACGCGGAGGGAGAGUGAACUAUUUGGAAUGUACAGGUACUUCGGCACUGACAGACAAGUGUGUAGAUAAUGUGUACAGUCGCUGUGCUCACGCUGUAUGGAUUAAAAAUCAUGGUACAAAUAUGCAAAAGAGUGUUUUGAAAGCUUUACUUUGAACAAAUGUAAAUACGGGAGUAUUAAGGCGGUGAUUUAGAAUGUGCUUUUUGCAAAUUCCUUUUUCCUUUUGUUUUUGUUUGUUUCUUUGUUUCUUUCUUUCUUUUUUGUUUUUGGUUGACGCAGGUGAUUAGCAUUGUACCAGAGACCCCCAUAUUCAACUAUGCAACAAAUGUCUGGGCUCCCUUUCUGAAAGCUGGCCUUCUCAACACUACUGUGUACCAAUAAAGGACAAACAGCUGUAUUCUCUCCACAACAACGACUUUUAACGUCCACACGAGCUUUAACUGAUCCACACAGGGUUUGCAAAAAAAAAAAAAAAAAAAAACGAUUUACAAAAAGUUACUGCGUCGAAAAUUACUUUAUCAAAUAUAUGAUUCAUUGUGGUGACAAUCCCAGAUGCAAUUAAUUUGUAAUUGAAUUUUAAAAUGAUUUGUGAAAAGACAGCAGCACAAAUGUUGUUUUGUUAUCAGUGUCCGUCCCUCUCCCAGUUAUCAGCAGUCUUGUUCUGGGGAGAAUGCAGUACUUUAAAAACCAUGACAGCACAUCAGCCCUACCGAAGGAGUGUAAAGUACAUGUUUUGGAAAUAACUGUUGUUCAAACAGUGUAUUAAAGUGCUUUCCUAAGUUGUUGUACCUACAAAAAUCAAAAGACAAAAAAAGCGAGUCUCAAAUAUGGACAGUUUGUUUCUAACGAGCAGAGAUCUAUUUUAGUAGUCCACUGAAGGUUUAGUUGUGCGCUUCAAACUCUGUGAUAUCAUGUCGUGCAGUGUUUUUUAAUCCAACAUAAAAAUUGUCCUCCGGAGCCAUAGUGGUUAGUCGAUGCGUAUUGCAAAAAGAUUGUUAAACAAGAAAACCUUUUUUUGCUGUUUACCAUGUACAGGGGAAACAACUAAGUCUUUCUAGAUCAUGUACAAAAAUGAGAAAAAAAAAUGAAGCGACUGAAUCUUCAGCAUGCUCCUCAUUUAAACUUGUGUUAUGUAAAUUGUGCCAUGUUAUUAAAAAAUGUGUACUAAC